GUAAGAACGGACGACCUCUGGCAGGAGAUGAUUGGACUUGGUGCCGGUACCCCAGAAAAUCGCCGUCGUCGCCGUCAAGCAGGUUACUACGGUAUUGGUAAAAGCAAGGGAAGUGGUGCUGGAAGUGGUGAUGGAAGUGGCUACGACAGUUCAUCGGGUGGUGGAUCCUCCGGUGGCUAUGAUUCUGGUGGACCGAACUACGGAGAUACGCCGCCAACGGCGGCCGGCGAAGGGCCCAACAAUCCGUAUAAUCUGCUUGAAGGCGCAUUGCGCCCCGUGUGCAGUUUGGAAAACACCUGUCCACCAGGCCCAACAGGUCCAAAGGGUGAAAAGGGUAUUGACGGCGAAAAUGGCAUACCUGGAAAAGAUGGGAAGGAUGGUAUUGAUGCGGAGGAUGUGCAGCAAGAAGGUAUAUCUGGUUGCUUCAACUGUCCGGAAGGUCCGCCUGGUCCUCCAGGACCACCUGGUCGACCAGGCAUUCGCGGUCAACGUGGACCGAAAGGUACACCAGGCUUUCCAGGACGCGAUGGCAAUCCUGGACCACCGGGAGAUAUAGGUCCUCCAGGGCCACCAGGGCCGGAUGGAAAGCCCGGUGAACCUGGCGAGAAAGGUGCGGAUGCGGAGAAA